GUUAGGACUCUUAUUUAUAUUGGUUGGGAUUGUGACUUUCAGUCGUUAAUUGAAUUGAAGAAAUUAUUUGCACUUACAUAUUUUGUCCACAAAAAACCCUUAAACUCUCUCGCGAAAAAAAGCAAAAAACUUUCGUCGUCGUCUCUUAACUUCGCGUCGCGUUGUCUUCCCCACCGACGGCGAGGCUACGGCUCGCCGUCGCCCUUAAUCGCCUGUUCCUCCCUUUGUCCCCUCGGUCGGCUGUGGCUGCUGCAGGAAAUCAGAGCUGGAAUGUCUGCCCCUACCUUGGCUGCAGGCAAUUCCACGAUUAAUGUUGGCGAGCUCCUCAGGCAGCGAUUGGGCUU